AUGUCCCAGUUGGCCCCUAGUGACAUGUUUGAGACGUUAAGCUUGGACAUGAAGAGUGAGUCGAGUUGGAUUUUUGGGUUCUGUGUGGGCGUGAGCAUGAAGACACAUAACAAUGUGAAUGUCCCUAAUGCAAGUAAUAGAAUGCGGUGGACGUGUACUAAUCUUGCAAUGGAUUGGGAUGCGACUGAUUGGGACACGAUGGGGUUUGAAGGGUUGCUUGAAAUUGGGAGCAAUGGCUCUGUGGUUGAGUGGUGGUGA